AUGGGUUGUCUAUUCCGGGCCAGCAGGUGUUGCUCGCCACCUGCUAUUUGGGUACAAGCAAGGAAGGAACUGGACAUCCUAGUAGCUUGUGAAGUCGAACAGCGAUCUGCGGUACCGGAUGGAAGACUUGUCAAUCUCUUGAACCAAGACUCUCCCGACAAUCCCGACAAUGGUGAUGGCGACACUUUCGACAAAGGCAAGAACGCCACCGGCAAGGAUGGAACCGACGAUGACGUCUUGAUCAGUAGCCUAGAGUGCACGAAGCUCCUCCUAGGAGCAGAGCCGCCCAACCUCAUGAUCCCGAACUCAUUCGACCUGGACAGAGCUAAAUACCUACAACCAACUACCUAG